AUGUCCGUUGUACUGCCGAGCACGCUCAACAAACUCCCCGCCGGCCUGAAAGACGACAUCAUCAUCGAAGCCUAUUUUGCCGGGAAGGGCAAUAGUGGACCGAAACCUGGCAUUGAGGGCUUGGGAUUGUCAGUCAACGACGAGAGAUAUGAAAUGUUCAUCGUCAGCCAUGGGAUGUCCAGUGACAUCACUCCCGAGUUGAUGUUGAGCGCACGAUCCUGGCUCUUUCUGGAGAACUUUGAAUGGUUCUUCGGGCGGUACACGGAGCUCCCCGAGGACAAGCAGGAUGGGAUCGAGGAGGUCCUUCGGCAAGAGAUCGAUUACGUGUCCGGGUUGCCGGCGACUGAACAGUUCAUCACUCCAUAUGAUUACCAGACCAAGAUCUUUCCUCGUACGGGGUGGGAGCCACUCCGCCCGUUGCCAGUGUUGCCCGACGGAGCAAGUGCCAGGGCACGUUUCGUUCACCACCUGCGGAUGAACAUGCUGGGUCUGUUCAUGUGGGAGGGGGGUCGAAGCGCCGACUUUCAAGCAUGGUUGAACGGUGGCGCUCAGGAUGAAUUGCCUCCGACUUCCUUGCUCAACUGCUGGGAGCUGGUAUUCUAUGCCGCAAUCAAAAGUGGUUUCGUGGACGCGGAAGUCUUGAAGCCAAUGUACUAUGAUGAUGAAGCCUUCGAAGCUGCAUUUCCUGGCAUCUUUGACUCUGGAGAAGCCUUGCUGAAGGCAUUCGAGGCGAAGUUGUCACCUGAGUUCGAUGCGUCCGACGAGGACACGCCGGGGUUGAGAGCUGGAGACAUCAUCAUUUCCAACUAUGGCGGAAAGGCGAAUCAUGUCUUUGCCAUUGUCGCCCAUGAGAAGCCCACGGCAAGAAUGAGGGCCAUCCAACUCUGGGGAAACAUCGGAGCGGGAACCACGUUCUAUACCAAAUUUGGGGACUUUUUGGAUAAGUCGAGAGAUGCAGAAAGCGCCGCGGACCGUUCGUAUUAUGUCUUGAAACUUGACGGGUAG